AUGCUGGAAAACACCUAUACACGAAUAUGUUGUGCCAAGAUCGAUUCCAAUGGCGUCAGGCAUUCUCUGCUAGGCCAAGAUGAACAAAUACACUCAGUCGAAUCACACAAUCCUAUUUCUGACAUUCAAGGUGGUUUAGAAACUAAACCGCUUACUGUAGCAUUGCAACAUCAGCGUCUGAAGGGACAAUAUAAUUAUCUUCUUCAGGUGGGUCGUGAUCGUCGAGAGAGGCUACGGGAUUCUGUUGAAGCCUAUCAACUAGUUAGAGAAGCUAACGAUUUACAUCAACAGGUAGUCGUAAAAGAACUAGUUACUGUAACAGAAACUAUCAUUCCUGGAAGAUUAGAGGAAGUAGAACCGGCAAAAGAAGAAGGUGGAUGA